UACAUCUUCAUUUUUAUUACUGUUGGAUGAUAGUGCACUUCUGAAUUCUGGUUGUGAAUAUGAACAAGACACCAGUGGUCCAUUUGGAUAAAUCUGACAGAUUCAGGGGUCUUGUUCCAAUUUUAAACUAUUCUGAAGUGGGAAGAUAUGAUGUUUAGCUUAUCUAAAAGGUCUGUCAUGAAUAAAAGCUUUGAAAUUCUAUAUAUCUAGAUGAUGCCUGCCCAGUUAAAUAUGCAAAUCGCAGAGCAAAAGUGAGACUCAAACUGCUUUUCAAAAGUCAAUCUUGUCUUCAAAGCAAAUUUGUUUCAUCCUCCCGCAAGGGAGAGGGCCAUGCAUCCCGCCCUAUGCACCGUUUUGCUCAGCACUGAACGUUUAAAUCCGGUUCUGCUUCCAAAUGAAACCUUGACCAGCGUUAUGCGCCAGCCUUUUGCUAUUUUCUCUUCCCGGAGUUCGUGCUAGUUGGAAGUAAUACGAUCAGCUCAACUCUGCCUUUCAAUGCCACUGCCGGUUCUCUAGCUUCCAAGGCUUGGCGGGAAAGGAAAGGUGAGGCGAAGUAAGGAGAGAGGAUCAACCUCUGCAGGAAACGGCCGCUGCCGUCGCAUCACCAGUUUACACGCAGAGCCGAGCUGCAGUUUCCUCGCGGAACACGGGAAGGAAGACGCGCGCUUCUUAGUUCCCGCUGCCGCCGCCGCCGCCAUGGCCCAGUUCUUCUCGCUGGCCGAUUGCGAAGUGAUCGGCUUCGAUCUGGAUCACACGCUGUGUCGCUACAACCUGGUGGAGAGCGCCCGGCUUAUAUAUGACAGCUUCGCUCAGUUCAUGGUGAAAGAAAAAGGAUAUGAUAAGGAACUUCUGAAUGUGAUGCCUGAAAACUGGGAUUUCUGCUGCAAGGGCUUAGUGCUGGACCUGGAAGAAGGGAAUUUUCUUAAAAUUGCAGAUAAUGGAACCAUUUUGAGGGCAAGCCAUGGCACAAAACGUAUGACCUCUGGAGAGAUCUUGGAGAAGUAUGGAAGGAGGGAGUGGAAACACUUUAAAAUAAUGAGUGGAAUGGUUUCUCGUUCAGCUAAAUAUUAUGCCUAUGACAAUUACUUUGAUCUGCCCGGGUCACUUCUUUGUGGACGGAUUGUGGAUGGUUUAGACAAACACAGCCCUAGGAGAAAAUACGACUUCUGGAAGGAUAUGGUUGCUGCCAUACAGUAUAAUUAUAAAACAUCAGCUUUUAAAGAAAACGGUGGAAUAUAUUUUCCUGAAGUGAAAAGCAACCCAGGAAAAUAUCUACAGUCUUGUCCUGAUUCUGUCAAAAAAUGGUUAAGAAGAUUGAAGGAGAGUGGAAAGAUUCUGCUAUUAAUUACUAGCUCUCAUUCUGACUAUUGCAGACUAUUAUGCGAGUACACUUUAGGGAAUGAUUUUGAAGACCUUUUUGACAUUAUAAUCACAAAUGCCCUGAAACCUGGUUUCUUUUCUCAGACACCAAAUCAAAGACCUUUCCGGACUCUGGAGAAUGAUGAAGAACAAGAAGCUCUUCCAACUCUGGACAAACCUGGCUGGUAUUCCCAAGGCAACUCAACCCAUUUGUGUGAGUUACUGAAGAAGAUGACUGGCAAAGUAGAACCAAAGAUCGUUUACUUUGGUGAUAGCAUGCACUCAGAUAUUUUCUCAGCUCAUCACUAUAGUAACUGGGAGACUGUCCUUAUUUUAGAAGAACUUGGAGGAGAUGGUGCUUUGGUACUUACAGAGUCACAGUCUGAACCCUUAGAGAAGAAAGGAAAGUAUGAGGGACGUCAACCCAAAGCUCUCCAUUCUGUUUCUAAACAGUGGGGUUCUUUCUUUGUGGAUACUAUUUCAAGAAAAGAAAAUGAAGAGGAAGCCUUAGUAAAUACAUGGUCUUGCAAAUCUGUUCAUACUUACAGCACAAUUACAAUCCCAAGCAUUGAAGCCAUAGCAGAUUUACCACUGGAUUAUCAAUUUGCUAGAUUUUCUUCAAAUAGCUCUGUAACUACUGGUUACUACCCCAAACCUCCAAAGUCCUUAUCAGGUGGUGAGCGAAUGGCAACCAAAUAAAACAUCUUUAAAGAAAAGCAAAUCUGAAACUUCAUCAUGCUUAAGCAAAAAUGUUGGAAGCUACUGAGAAUCAUGCAAAUUAAAUACUAUAUAAAUUCAAAAGACAUUUGGAAAGACCUAACCAGGUUGAAGAAAAAGAAGCUUCCUAUUUUCCUGUUGAUUGUGCUAUAUCAAUUUAUUAUCUAAAAUCUUUUUUUCAUUCUGUUUUCCGAAGAUUUGCUGCAGACUUAUAUUCAUAUACUGGGUACCUUUGCCAGUUUAUGCAUUACAUGACCACCUUGUAUCCGUAAUAACACAAAGGGAGCAUGUGCCGUUAACCGUGAGCAAUAGUCUAUGCUAAGAAAGCUUUGUACAUACUCAGUCGGGUGAGGUCCAAUUCCUUCAUUCUUCAUACUGAAAAAAGUGGUAUAUAUGUGUGACUAAAUCUGAUAGGUUUAGGAUUUUGAGGAUUAUGCAGAAAACGCUGAAUUCCUCUACAAUGAGGAAGGAUAAUAGCCUUUCAUUUCAAAAUCUGAUUAAAUUUUGUAGCGUGAAAUAUAUUUUUAAUAAUCUGAAUUAGAAUCCAAACCUGUCAAAUUAAGUGAAUCAACCUUUAUAAAAUCUGUUCUGACAAAUAUAUUAUUAACUUGUUUUUAUGUUCAGAGAAAACAUACAAUUUUAUAUUUAAGCAGAUUAAGAUGCUGAACAUUGUUUUGCUGCUACACAUUUACCUAAUCUAUAAACUGCCUUCAUCACUGGUAUUGAAAAAAGCACAUAGUUUACAUCCCCUUUUGUGAGUUUACUUGCAGGAUGGAUUCUUUCUUACAUCAUCAUUUUUUUUUUUAUAAAAGGAAAUCUGUAAGUAUUUAGAAGGAUGGCCUGGAAUUCAAAUUUGUAAAAAAAAAAAAAGAAGAAGAAGAAGAAGAUAGUAUAUUGGGAUUGUGAAAUUAUUCUGAGUCUUCUAAGAUUCAAAUAUUAGUUUUUGCAUUAUUCUGAUACUAGAAUGUGCUUGUCUAUUCUGAAGAGAUUACUUUUCAAACCAGUUGAGUUUACUUUCUCAUAAGUAGACAUAGGAUUGCAAUUAAGACUGCAAUCUUAUGAGCAUAUAGGAAUAAAUGUUAGAGUUCAUGUCUAAGUAAAUAAGUCUAAGAUUAUACCAUAAGCAAGCCAACGUUUAUGUCCAUUUGUGUUUUCUCAGUAAGAUAAAUCUCGGUAUGUUGGAUUACAUUCAACUUUUCUUGCAUGUGGACUACUCCCUCAGAAAGGGUGAUCUGUUAGGAUAAAUCACAGUUCAAGGAUCUGGUAGUAUAAACUUGAAAUGUCAUGAUUUCUGAAGCCUUCCAUCUGCUUUGGCAGUUCUCAUCUGUAUGAAGUUGAAAAUAAAGGUUAUUUAUUCUUGA